CCUGCCAGCGGAGUGGAGUGAGUGUGUGGGGCCACAGGGCAGCUCGGUCACACUGACUGUGUGUUGUGACUGAAGAGCAGAUCAUCUGGCACCAUGGCUACGGAGAAGCAGGUCGUGCAGAGGAGACUGUUUCCUGUAUGACUUGUAGCUUGUUAUCUCAGCGGAAGGCUUUGUGUGUGCGUGUCUGGUUGUUGUUGUCUGGCUCAUCUCCUGCUGCGUUAGCAAGUCAACAUACUAGAGUGCUCACAUCGACGCUAAGCUAGCAGGGCUGCUAGCUUGGCUGGGUUGUUUGUUGGGAGCUGGUGUGUAGGUGAUGUUGUCCGUGCUGUCGUACGGGAGACUCGUUGCCAGAGCUGUCAUCGGCGGACUUUCUCAGACAGACAGCCGUGACUACAGCCUGGUGACGGCGAGCUGCGGCUUCGGCAAAGAUUUCCGCAAAGGCAUCCUGAAGAAAGGGAUGUGCUACGGGGACGACGCGUGCUUCAUCGCCCGACAUAGAUCCGCGGAUGUUUUGGGUGUAGCAGAUGGAGUAGGCGGCUGGCGAGACUAUGGAGUAGACCCGUCUCAGUUUUCAGGCACACUGAUGAAGACGUGCGAGAGGCUGGUGAAGGAGGGGCGCUUCAUUCCCAGCAACCCCGUGGGAGUCCUCACGACCAGCUACUACGAGCUGCUGCAGAACAAAGUGCCACUCCUGGGAAGUAGCACAGCCUGCAUUGUGGUCUUAGACCGGCAGCGUCACCGGCUGCACACGGCCAACCUGGGAGACUCGGGCUUCCUGGUGGUCCGGGGAGGGGAAGUUGUCCACCGUUCAGACGAGCAGCAGCACUACUUCAACACGCCCUUCCAACUGUCCAUCGCUCCCCCGGGGGCUGAAGGAGCCGUGCUCAGUGACAGCCCUGACGCCGCAGACAGCUCGUCCUUCGAUGUCCAGCUCGGUGACAUCAUCCUCACCGCCACCGACGGGCUGUUUGAUAACAUGCCUGACUACAUGAUCCUGCAAGAGUUAAAGAAACUCAAGAAUUCAAACUAUGAGAGCAUCCAGCAGACCGCACGGAGCAUCGCAGAGCAGGCCCACGUGCUGGCGUAUGACCCCAACUACAUGUCACCUUUUGCUCAGUUUGCCUGUGACAAUGGACUGAACGUCAGAGGGGGAAAGCCUGAUGACAUCACAGUGCUACUCUCCAUCGUGGCAGAAUACACGGACUAACCUCGGUGUCGAGCUGGGACUGGGGUUGCUCUGCAUCUGCAGGUGAUGGACUGCUUUGAUUCCUGCAGGCCAGGAUGAAGGACUGAUGUCACAUGCUUCACAUGUCUGACUCUAUGCUGCAUAACCCCCCCCCCCCCAAGCUGAGCAUCAAUCCCCCCCCCCAGAGAGUGAAUGAAUCCAGAGGACCGGAGGCCUCAAACAUCCUUCUGGGCCGGCUGCAGACUUGGCAUCUUCGGCAGGUUUCCAGUGCUCACUGGAUAAUCCUAUUGUGUGGGAUAAGCCAUCAUUGGGCAACAUGGAGAUGAUGAUCCUGUCCGACAAGGAUAAGUCCUCUUUCUUUGAUGGUGGUGCGAGCAGGGAGGAAGUGGAGAAUCAGAGACAGUGGCAGAUGUGGUCAGACCCCAGGUGUAAGACUGUAAAAGCCCCCCACCCCCCCACCACAAUAUACACAUACACACACACACACACACACACACACACACACACACACACACACACACACACACACACACACACACACACACACACACACACACACACACACACACACACACACACACACACACACACACACACACACACACACACACACUCUUGCUGGGCUGCUGGAAGAGAAAGACCGUCAUCCUGGAGCAUCAAGAAGGGAACUGCACAGGAAACGGCAGCGUUAGGGCUCAAUAAAUGGGCUGCCUUGGGUAUGCAGAUGUUCCUAAUAAUAUGGUGUUUGUCAAAGGGCCUCGAUCCUCAAACGUUGGUGCGGGAGAUGUUGGCUAAUCUCAGAUAUUUUGUUAAAUGUUUGCAAAAAACAAAAAAAUAAGAGUGUACUGGUAUGUGACAUUUCUACAUGGUGUUGGCAGGGUGAUCCGACAAGAUUUCAUGCAGAAGAGUGCACACCAUUUGUUACUUUCAUUAUUGGCUGAAGGACUUUAUAGUUAAAACCUCCUCGCCACAUUAUCGUCAAACUGAUGUCCUCCCUUUAAUCUCACCAUGCCGCCACUGCUGAAGUCUUGAUUGUGAUCAUGUGUGAUGUCUCUACGAACAUGCGUGUGUGUAAAUUCUGAAUGCAGCCAUGCCCGUCAGUGAAUUGAGAUGUUUCAUACGUGUCUAUGAAACAGAAAUGAAGGCUGCAGACGUCUGCGUAUCCACUGGGCUGAUCGGGUCUCACAGCCUUAAACGCACAAAGCGAGUUGGUCACGUGACCAAAGUUAUUUUUGUAUCUUGUUCAAUUCUUUCGAGCGAUCAGCACAUCAGAGUAGCUUGAGAACUUUCCGUUCCUUCUCUCCAUCCUUUCUGCCGCGGAGCUCCGGAGGCACAUUCAUGUCAAGGUCGCUGUUUCCAUGACAUCACCACAGAUUUGCACUCUGCAUUCACUACAAUCCUAAUCCACAGUUUAAAAUCUUUGUGCAACAUCGUCAGAAUAACGUGCCUUGUAUCAGGUGUUGGCGAUACUAGCUCCUUAAUUCCUUAAACCCCACAACAAUGUGCCCGGCUCUGAGCACAAGCCUGAAAACUGUUAAGUAGCCAUAAAGUGAGAACAGCUUUCCCAUCAUGCCCUGCAGGUUUCACCCCUUCUCUCUGCAUCCACAGCAAUUCCAACCUUUCUGAAACCUGCAGAAACCGUCAGCUCAGUCUGGAGUUUAGGAAUACUUAUCGAGCCAUCACACACAUACAAACUCCCUGCGGAUCAGGAGACGGAUGUUUACAUUGUGUAUGAUCAGACCCCCAGUUUCCACAUACUCCAUAAGUGCUGCGCUCCGUCAGCGUCGCACACUAAGCUUUCGUUCGCUGCUACUCAAGUCAAUGAUUGUGUUUCCACAGUGAGCGCCGCGGCCCGUCUCUGGAGCGUGCCAUCAGCGCCUCCGCAUUCUGCACUGUUUAAAACACGCUGCAAGACAGAGUUCGCUGCAGGGACAUGUCAAGAUGGACAGAUUAGAUCGACCCGGACAGGAAGUCAGACGUCCAGUCCAUUUCAAAAUAAAACACAUAAUACAGGCUCCCAAUAGUAUUUUCCAUCACUUUAUCAACAUUACGUCAAAACACGCAUGAACAAAUCAUCCUCAGAAAGACAAAGCAACAUGUUGUUUGCACGUUUUUGUCUUUAUUCCCGCGUGAUCUUGUAGUUCUCGUGUGAUCUUGUAUUUCUCGUGAUGUGUGAACAGCUGCUCAUGGCAGCACUCGCGCUCCAGAAACAGAUCCAGUGGGGCAGGGCGACGUAGCUAAACCGUGGCGCUGACGGAGUAUGUGGAAAUUGGGGGAACGCACUGCUCCCUCUCUUAACCUGACAAACUGGAAGACAGUAUCAGAUUUUCUUUUGAUGGGCGGGGCAGCGAGAAGUCAAAUGUAACUUCUUUUAGUCUUAAAGCCCCGAGGACAAUCGAAGCAGCCUUAACAAUUUCAAAGUAAAAGCAAUUCUCCUCGUCAGAUUGCACGUCACUGUUGAUCUUCGAGGUUCCUGCUUCCUGACUUAGAGCUGCUCUUACACGUCUCCCCGCCUCUCGUCCUUCUCUCCCACACACACUUUGUUACAAACCAGAGCACGUGUCUAUAUAUUUUGAGUGUACAGUUCAGUUGUGAGAAAAAAAACAUUUUUUGAGUCUGUAAAAUAUUUAAAUAAAGAGUAUAGUAUUUAUUAA